ACUCCGGCCGUUUGUUUUCAAUCGGGUUUGUUUUUUUUUUCAAUUAAAACUCGGCGAUCGCAAGAAGCAGCAGCUGCAUUUGUUUACCAACCGCUGUCGUAAAGUCACCCGGAAAAUAUAACGGUCUGAGGGAAAUGGGAAAUGCGAGCGGCAAGCGGGAGACGGAUAAUCUCUACACGUCGGAGGAGCUUCGCAUGCUGGAUUUGGCCUACAAAAACGCUUCUGGCGGAGCUCUAGAGAAGUUGACCCAAGACAGAUUGGUGGAAACUUGGUCGCAAACCAUCGAACGCUCACUGGCCGAAAGUACGGCUCAGUAUCUAUUUGCACCCACGAAGCCUGGUCAGCAAUGUGUCAACAUACCGCUGAGGAAGUUCGGGGAGCCCUACUACAUCAUGGAGCGAGGAUCCUUUGACCAGAAGCUCCAAAUGCUCCUGGGAUCGUUGGAAAGAACUGGAAACGACACCUUCAACAGCAAGCAAUUGGAGCAAUACAUCUAUUCGGUGAUUAAGAGCUAUGUGCACUUGGAGAGCACUGCCAAAAACUCAUCCAUUAAGGACUGGCAGGAUAUGGGCUUCAAUACCACAGAGCGGUCGGCAGCCACUUUUGCCAAGGGCCUGAUGCGAAAUCUUGGCAAGGAACUGGAGCACACAAUGCCCAAUGAAGCCUUGGAACGGUGGUUGCAUGUCACUCCGCAGUUUUUGCAGCUCUGGCGGGAGGUCUUCAGUCAGCUAUAUUGUCGCCAUGGUGGCAGCAAACGCAACAUAAUCAAGGAAAUGGAAAUUCCAAUUCUGCCCGAGUUGUGUGAUGCUCCCCAAAACAGUCACUAUCGCCCAAUCAUCGAACUUCCGCACGUCCUGUAUAUUAAUGCUCAAUUGCCCCGAGAGCAUCGUCACAAAUGGCGCUUCCUCUUCUCAUCGAAAAUCAACGGGGAAAGCUUCUCGACGAUGCUGGGAAAAGUUCUGGACAAAGGACCCACGCUGUUCUUCAUCGAGGACGAGGAUCAAUACAUAUUCGGCGGCUAUGCGUCCGAGACGUGGUCAGUGAAACCACAAUUUGGGGGCGAUGACAGCUCAUUGCUCUACACCUUAAGCCCAGCCAUGCGGUGCUUUUCGGCCACAACUUAUAACGAUCACUAUCAGUAUUUGAAUUUGAAUCAGCAGACUAUGCCGAAUGGUCUGGGCAUGGGCGGUCAGUUUGAUUUCUGGGGCCUUUGGAUUGACUGCAGUUUCGGAGAUGGACAGAGCGUUGAAAGCUGCACCACAUAUCGAGAUUAUGUGCAGUUGAGUAAACGCAAACAAUUCAAAAUUCGCAACAUGGAAGUCUGGGCCGUGGGCGAUUUACCCGUAAAAGAAGAUGAUGAAGAAGGCAACGGUCAGAAACGUUCGGUUUUGGAUGGCAAUUUGGAAGACCGUGCGAUGCUAGAAAUCGCCGGCAAGAAAAUGCACUCUGAUGGUUUACGCGAACCCGGCAUGGAUGAUUGAUAUUAUAUGAAACUAUUAAGAGGAAAAGCUUGGUUUUAUCACGUUCAAGAAUUUAUAAGACCAUGCCCGUUUUGGGUGUGCAGUUAAUAAUUCGAUUCUCUUUCCUUUAGCCUUAUUGCAAAAACCCUAUCGAACACACAAAAAAGUCCUGCGAACAAGAAAGUAUUUGUUCAAUCCAUUCCUAUAAACGUUUUUGUUUAGCUAUUAAUGUUUAUAUAUAUACAAUGUAUAAUGGAUAUAGUUUAUGUAAUACUGAGAGUAUUGUUGUUGCGUUGUAGAUCUAAAAGUGUGAAAAUGAAAUCAUUUAAAUGGUAAAACAAACAAGCAAACAAAAUAAGCAAUGUUAAA